GGGAAAUUCGUUACUCACAUUUCGCUUCAUUAGAAGUCAAGGUAGAUUAUUAUUAUUUUGAGCGACCUAACAACAUAUUUUCUUGUCGGGCUGAUAUCCGUAUUGGAAAUGCUCAGCUACUGAUUGUUAAAGCUUUUAAAGAAGUACUGAUCCAGUCUGUGCAGGGUUGGAUUGACUGACAGCUGCACAGGAUGAGUUCAGACCCAGCCAGCAUUGAGAGCCUGCAUGUGUUGUACCAGAGCGAUGACUACAUCAUUGUGGACAAACACUGGGAUAUCCGCAUAGACAGCAAGAUGUGGUAUGAAAAGCAGACUGUGCAGAUGCAGCUUCAGCAUCACUUCCCCCUUCUGGCCGACCCCAGCACAUACUAUGGGUUCAGGUUUUGUCACCAGUUGGAUUUUUCUACUAGCGGAGCUCUUUGUGUCGCUCUGAAUAAGGCUGCUGCUGGAAGGGCUUACCGCUGCUUUAAGGAUCGCACUGUCACUAAAGCUUACCUAGCUUUGCUUCGUGGGUGGGUGAAAAUCGAGAAGCAAACUCUGGACUUCGCCAUUGGCAAGAACGCAAUGGAGGGAAAAACACAUAUGAUGUGCACUGAAGGAACUGAAGGUUGUGAGAAUCCAAAGCCUUGCCAAACUGAGCUGAUAGUGUUGGAGUACGGGGUGUAUGACGGAGACCCCGUAACCAAGGUGCUGCUGCAGCCACUCACUGGUCGAACCCACCAGUUAAGGGUCCACUGCAGCGCCAUCGGCCACCCCAUCGUUGGAGACUUCACCUACAGCUUGGGAGCAGAUGACUCUCCAUAUCGUAUGAUGCUGCACGCCUACCUCCUCCAUAUUCCCCUGGAGCCUCAGCACCUUCUCGUCACCGCCGGAGACCCCUUUGUCCCGGCAGUCGAUCCCAGAUGGGUCUCGCAGCGCUCACUACAGACACUAAAUGCCACUAUUGAGUCGAUUUUGGAGCAGAGAAAGACUAAAGAGAAGGAACGAGAGGUGGCGAAAAGAGAGGAGGAGAGGAGGAAGAAAAGCAAGCAGCCAAGGAUUGAGGAGCAUAGCGAGGAGCAGAGGAGGGCUUGCCAGGAGUGGCUGAGUGAAUGGGCCGGAGAUUGAUGGGUUUUUGUUGUUUGGGUUUAAUUUAUUUUAGCUGUCCUUACAACAAAAGCAUGUUGAGGAUGCUUAAAAAACGGGGGACCACCCACAGGGAAUAGACGAGCAUGAAAUAAUGAAUGCGUGGGGUAAAAAGGCAUGUUAGAGAAUAUCUUAUGCUCCACUUCAAACUAUAAUUUUUGGAUCUUCGUUAGUUAUUUACUUUACUGCAGCUAAGAAUGCAGUGCUUUGACUUUUUAAGAGGUUUUUGUUUAUUUUCAAAAAUAAAAAAUCACACCUUAGAUGCAGAUAUAUUUUUAUUGCUGAUCCAGUCAUGUGGGUUUAAAGCCAUAGAGUUUUCCUUAGCUCAUGUUUGUUGUCAUAUAAUCUAUGUUAUUGAGCAAAUCACCAAUUAAAUUACUUUCUGUAUGCAUUUUUGCUGUGAAAUAUCCUAUGUCUAUUAAAAAUUAUUACUUCUUGACUUUA